AUGGAUCCAUUCUCAGCAGAAGGAGAACUCAUCAACAUCCACAAUGCCUUCCACCAAGGCCAAUACCAAGCCGUCAUAGACUUCGACACAUCCUCUUUCUCGCCUGAAAACGUCCUUCCAGCACGGGUUCUCCAGCUCCGCGCCCAAAUAGCCCAGGGGAACACGGCCCACGUUCUUGCAGACAUCGAGGGCGAAGCCGACCAAACUCCCGAUAUAGGCGCCGUCAAGGCCCUUGCGCAAUACGAAACCGGAAACGCAGAUGCUGCGCUGCAAUUAGCCCAGGAUUUGGCAGAGAAUUACCCGGAUAAUGCUACCGUGCAGGCUCUUAGUGGGACAGUGUUGCAGGCCGCGGGGAAGAGUGAGGAGGCGUUAAACUUGUUGGGAAAGCAUCAAGGGAGCUUGGAAGCUGUGGCAUUGAUUGUUCAGAUCCACCUCCAGCAGAACCGAUCCGACCUUGCCUUGAAGGAGGUCCAGGCUGCGAAGCGCUGGGCGCAGGAUUCCCUACUGGUCAAUCUUGCUGAGUCGUGGGUUGGAUUGAGAGUUGGCGGCGAGAAAUACCAGUCCGCAUUUUAUGUUUACGAAGAACUCGCCUCUGCCGACAGCACUUCGGCGUCGCUUUCUAUCGUCGGACAGGCUGUUGCAGAGAUCCACCUCGGCCGACUGCCGGAGGCUGAAGCCGCGAUUUCUGCUGCUCUCGAGAGAUACCCGAAUGACACGGGGCUGAUUGCGAAUUCGAUUGUAUUAAAUGCGUUGGCCGGGAAGCCCGCGCAGGAUUUAGAAGAUCGCCUUCGAGAGACCGAGCCAUCGCACGCUCUGCUGACCGAUAUCCAAGAAAAGAGUGAUUUUUUCGACGCUGCUGCUGCUAAAUACUCUGCAAAGGUUUCAUCAUAG